UCGCAUGAAGUAGUGUGUGAGUUUGUUGUUGUAUUUUAAAACCGCUUGCACGUUGCACGUGUUUAGAGAAGGCAAAUAAUUGUUUUUAAAUAAAAACAAGCAACUAAAACACACAAAAUGCAGCACGACGAUGUUGUCUGGAGCAUCAUCAACAAAUCCUUCUGCUCCCACAAAGUGAAAACGGAUACGCGUACCUUCUGUCGCCAUGAAUACAAUCUUACGGGUCUGUGCACGCGACGCACUUGUCCGUUGGCCAAUUCACAAUAUGCAACAGUCCGCGAGGAGAAGGGCAUCAUUUAUCUGUUCAUAAAGACGGCGGAACGUUCGCAUAUGCCCAGCAAACUGUGGGAGCGCAUCAAGUUGUCGCGCAACUUUGAGAAGGCCAUUGAACAGAUCAAUGAGAAUUUGGUCUUUUGGCCCAAAUACAUGAUUGCGAAGAACAAACAGCGUUUCCUCAAAAUCACACAGUAUCUGAUGCGCAUGCGUAAGCUGAAAUUGCGCCGUCAAAAGCUCAUUGUGCCACUGUCUACGAAGAUCGAGCGCCGUGAGACACGACGUGAGCAAAAGGCGCUGAUUGCAGCGAAAAUCGAUAAUCAUAUCGAAAAGGAGCUGUUGGCGCGUCUUAAGAAUGGCACCUACAAAGAUAUUUAUAAUUUCUCGCAAACGGCUUUCAACAAAGCGCUGGAGGCGGAGCAUGUGGAUGGCGAGGAAGAGGAUGAAGACGAGGAGGAGGACGAAUUGGAGCGUGAAAUGGAGGUGGAAGAUGGCGAGGCGGCAGAAUUGCGAAAGGCGCUCAAUGAUACCGAAGAAUAUGUGGAGGCGGACUCAGACGACGAUGACGAUGACGACGAUGAUGAAGAAGAUGAGGAUAUCGAUAGUGAUUCGGGUCAACGAGAGCAAGUGGAAUUGGACAGCGAUUUCGAGCAGUCCGAUGACGAUGACGAUGAUAUUGAGGAUACAAAGCUGCCAACGAAAGCUCCCAAGAAGUCCACCGACGGCAAGAAGAAGACACCAACAACAACAACGAAGGGAGCUUCACGCCGCAGCACAAAACCAAAACUGCGCUUGGAAUAUGAAAUGGAAUAUGAAAAUGAGGCUGAUGCGGCACGGAAAGUGCGUGAUUAGCGAGGUAGCCACAAAAAUCAGAAUGAGAAAACUACAUACUAUAUUUUACAUAAUUAAUGUAUAGCAAUUUAAUUACAAAUAUAUACAAUAAGCAAAGAAAAAUGCACAACAAAAUUGCUUGUGGUCCAAACGAGGCGAAACACUUGAAUCA